CGUUUAUGGAGGUUAAGCCUCUUCCGGUUGUAUAGCACACCGAGCAAAAUGGGUAAGCCUCGUGGUCUUCGUACGGCACGUAAACACGUAAACCACAGACGUGAUCAACGAUGGAAUGACAAGGAUUACAAGAAAGCUCAUUUGGGAACAAGAUGGAAGGCUAAUCCGUUUGGCGGUGCUUCCCAUGCCAAGGGCAUUGUUUUAGAAAAAGUGGGCGUAGAAGCUAAGCAGCCAAAUUCUGCUAUUCGUAAAUGCGUAAGAGUACAACUUAUUAAAAAUGGUAAAAAAAUUACAGCCUUUGUACCUAGGGAUGGUUGUUUGAACAAUAUUGAAGAGAAUGACGAAGUUUUAGUGGCAGGUUUUGGUCGUAAAGGUCAUGCUGUUGGUGACAUUCCAGGAGUCCGAUUCAAAGUAGUAAAAGUUGCUAAUGUUUCUUUACUUGCACUUUACAAAGAGAAGAAAGAACGACCCAGAUCGUAAAAUCAUGUAUUUCUAAUUGCACAUAUAAAAUUUUUUAAAGAAA